GAUCUGCAACCUACUGCGGCGUACGUUAGUCAGUCUUCUCUACUUUGCACCGCGUUGCUUCUUUCACCUGCGCUGGCAAACUUUACAGACACGUUAACGCGCUUAACUCGCCGCGUAAACCCCACCGCCUCCUCUUCUUCUUCCUCCUCAGUUCAACAUUGAACAUUCAUCACACUCAUCAUCAAUUCAUCAUCAUCACAAUUCAAGUUCUCCAAUCUUCUUCUGAUUUCUUUCUUUCUUUCUUCAAUGGAAUCGAAAAACCCCAUAAGGUUUACGCUGGGGAAGCAGUCAUCGCUGGCGCCAGAACGCCACAGUGAAGAAACGGAUACACACAGCGAUGGGGUUGCUAUUGAUUCGGGAGUGAGGUUGAUGUAUUUGGCCAACGAAGGCGAUCUCGAUGGGAUCCGUGAGGUUUUGGAAUCGGGUGUCAGUGUCAAUUUCAGGGAUAUUGAUGGCCGCACUGCUCUUCAUAUUGCGGCGUGUCAGGGUUUGACUCAUGUUGUUGCUUUGUUGCUCGAGAAAGGUGCUCAGGUUGAUACUAAAGAUCGAUGGGGUAGCACGCCACUUGCAGAUGCUAUAUUCUAUAAAAACAAUGAUGUGAUCAAACUAAUGGAGAAGCAUGGAGCAAAGCCUCUGAUGGCCUCUAUGCAUGUUAAUCAUGCACGUGAAAUCCCAGAAUAUGAAAUCGAUCCUAAAGAACUUGAUUUUACCAACAGUGUGGAGAUAUCAAAGGGGACUUUCUGUAGUGCAUUGUGGCGUGGGACCGAGGUUGCGGUAAAAAAGCUUGGGGAGGAUGUGCUUAUUGAUGAGGAGAAAGUGAAGGCUUUCAGAGACGAGCUUGCUCUUUUCCAGAAGAUCCGGCAUCCAAAUGUAGUCCAAUUUCUGGGUGCUGUGACACAGAGUAGUCCAAUGAUGAUUGUGACAGAAUAUCUUCCCAAGGGAGAUCUUCGUGAUUACUUGAACAGAAAAGGAGCUCUGAAACCAAGUACAGCUGUGAGAUUUGCACUUGAUAUUGCUAGGGGAGUUGGUUAUUUGCAUGAAAAUAAACCAUCACCUAUUAUACAUCGUGAUCUUGAGCCUUCUAAUAUAUUGCGGGAUAAUUCUGGGCACCUAAAAGUUGCAGACUUUGGGGUUAGCAAGUUGCUGGCAGUUAAAGAAGACAGGCCUCUAACUUGCCAAGAUACUUCUUGCCGCUAUGUCGCUCCAGAGGUUUUCAAACAAGAAGAAUAUGGCACCAAAGUUGAUGUGUUCUCAUUUGCACUAGUUCUGCAAGAGAUGAUUGAAGGCUGCCCACCAUUUCAUGCAAAGCGUGAAAAUGACGUUCCUAAGGUAUAUGCUGCUAAAGAGCGGCCCCCAUUCCACGCUCCAGCCAAGCGUUAUUCCCAUGGACUUCGAGAAUUGAUUGAAGAGUGCUGGAAUGAGAACCCAGCAAAGCGGCCAACAUUUAGGCAAAUAAUAAUUAAGCUGGAGUCCAUCUACAACACAAUUGGUCAAAAAAGACGUUGGAAGGUUAGACCAUUGAAAUGCUUCCAGAAUCUGGAAGCCUUAUUGAAGAGGGAUCAUUCAGAUAGAAGCAGUAGGGGCGGUUCAUCUCGCUCCACAGCCAGCCGUAAAUAAAGGAAAAUAUUGUUCUGUAACUUAAUACUGGCGUAAAGAUAGCAAGCAGAUUUGACUUCUUCAUCAGAGCAUUGCAACGUUUUCUCGUGUAUUCCCAGGUUCAUGAUUGUGUUUAUAGUUUUCAAAGAUUCUUUAUAUUAGUCAACGAUUUGUUUCCAACAUCAUUCUAUCUGGCCAUAGAACAUCAUGUAACAUAACACAUAAUAAAGAGGAAUUUUCUCCUUGUUGUGUACAUUGUGUAUGUAUUCUAUGUAGAAAGACUUGUUUUGGGUAAACAUAUGAUGUAAGUCUUUAAUAAUUGAUGAAAUUGUUCAAUGGGAAAAUGAGAACAAGAGCCUUUUAACUGAAA